UCACUUUGCGAGGGAGAGCGCUCCUCUGCCAAACUAAAGAGUCAAAUACGGCAAACAAGAGCUCCCACACACACAAUCAUGGCAGAGGAACCCGCCCCGGAAUCCGGAUCCGGAUCCGGAAGCUUCUCCUCCGCCGUCAACGGCGGCAAGUCCAUAGAGGAGUGCCAGGACAUGAUCAGACGAAGUCUCCGAACUCCGAUGGUGAAGUUUCUGAGGGAGCAUUUGGAGAAAGCUGGGUGUGUGGUUGGGGAAAACUUCAUCAAGGCUGUCCAUUGCGACAAGCAGAUCAGCGGCGGCUACGUUCGUGGCGAAGGGAUUGUGGUGUGUAGUAAUCACAUGAGCAUUCAAGAUGAGGUCAAUCAAGUGGUGAUACAUGAGCUAAUUCAUGCAUAUGAUGACUGUCGUGCUGCAAAUUUGGACUGGGCUAAUUGUGCUCACCAUGCUUGUAGUGAGAUUCGGGCUGGUCAUCUAAGUGGUGAUUGCCACUACAAACGGGAGUUGCUGCGGGGUUUUACAAAGAUAAGAGGCCAUGAACAGGACUGUGUGCGAAGAAGAGUCAUGAAAUCAGUAAUUGCUAAUCCAUACUGCUCAGAAGCAGCUGCAAAGGAUGCCAUGGAAGCUGUCUGGGAUGUUUGCUACAAUGAUACGCAGCCCUUUGACAGAGCUCCCUGAAACUUGCCAAUCGCUAUUUGCCGAUGCCGCACCAACUGUCCCUUCCAGUUUUCUUUUAGGAAUGAUGUUGUUCCAGACACUGACUUCGAAGGGAGUAGUAUGCCCUUAUUUUUUGAGUUGAUAUGACAUUAGUCAAUCAGAAAGUUCAUUUGAUUUAAUGGCUUUUUUCCCAUCCUCUUAGAUAUAACUGGAGGAAGCGAAUUUUACAAUUUUUGAACGUUACGCAUUGUACACGAAUGAUUGAUGUUUGUCGUAAUGACAAAUUCAAAAAUAAGAAUCCAGUGACAAAUAUGUUUUAAUGCUGA